AUGUAUUAUUCAUCAUCUAAACCAAUUAAAAAGAAACCAAAUACAGGUAUAAGUGAAUUUAAUCCAACUCAAUCACAAAUUCAACAACAAUCUUGUAAUUACAAGAUAACACCAACUUAUGAUCUACCAUUCAUAUUAACACAAGCAAUAAAUGAUGAGAAUCAACAACAUCAAAUAGAACAAGAUUUAACUGGUUCUUUAUCAUCUCGUGAUGGUACUUGUUUUAUCAUUUAUUCAAAUGAAUUAUUUAUUUGGACAAUUGAUAAACCACAAUAUUGUGAUAGAAUUGAAUUACCAAUUAAACAAAAUAUAACAAGACAACAUAUUGUAGUUUAUAAAAAUAAAUCAUCAAGUGAAAGAUUUUCAGUCUUUUUAUGUUCACCAUUGACUGGUUAUAUUAGAUUUUGGGGAAACAGUUCAAAACCAAAUGUAUCUCAAGAUUUACCAUUGGAAAAUCCAGGUAAUAAUAAUAACUUUAAAAUAUUCAUCACUGAAUGUCAACCAUUUGGUGUCAUCGUUGGUAAUUCUUUAGGUUCAAUCUAUUUAGUUAGUGUAAAGAAUAAUAAUAAUUUAAUCUCUAAAAAGAUUAAUAAAUCACAAGGAAUGUUAAGUUAUCUUUAUUUAUCAAGACAAUCACCUGUAAUCUCUGUAUUCUCUUCACCAAUUAAUCAACAACAAUUACAAAAUAAUAAUAAUAGUCAUCACCACCACCACCAUCAUUCAACCACACUUUCAUCAAAUAAUUUUUCAACCAUUCCAAGUAGAUUUAUUUAUAUUUUAACAGAGGGUUCAUUAUUAAAAUAUGAAAUUGAGAAUGGUACAGAGAGAAUUAUUUUAGAUUUUCCAAUUCAAAAAGAAAUUACAAAACUUUUUUCAAAUUUUCCAAAAUUUCAUCAAAUGAAUAUAGACACAAUCAUUGAUCAAAAUAAAGAUGAAAUACAAAUUGUAAACUUUAUAUUAUAUGAAACUUCUGCUUCUCAAAAUUUAGUUAAAUAUUAUAUAUUACAAAUUGAAAUUCAAGAUGAUCAAGUUUUAAGAAUAAAAAGAUUAGAUAGUUUUUCUGCAAAUAAAAAAUUAGGUGGUGGUGUUACUUCAAUUGAACCAAUUUUACAAACAAAUUCAUUAAAAUAUUAUUUAACAUGGUUUGAUAAUAUUUAUUAUUAUUCAAAUGGUGGUGGUGGUGGUGGUGGUGUUAAUGGUAUUAUAUCAGGUUCAAUUUCAUUUCAAAGUGAUAUAGCAUUUAGUGGUUUCUAUAAGAAUCAAUUUUAUUUCUUUUCUGAACAAGGUAUUAAUAAAUUAGAUAUUCAACCAUUUGGUAGUGGUCAGUUGGCAAGUUCAGAAUUACAUAUUCAAGAUACAAUUAAAAAUAUUGAAUCUGAUAUUUAUAUGGAUACAGAUAAUACAACAUCAGUAACAGGUACACCAGCAACAACAGCAUCAGCAACAAUAUCAACAACACCAACUAUUGUAUCACCAAUUUUAUUUGAUAUACCAAAAGAUGAGAAUUUAAUUGGUAGUAAAAGAAAUAAUGUAUUAAAGUUAAUGAAUUCAUUUUCAUUGAAACAACAUACAAGAGUUGAUCAAUUUGUAAAGAUUUGUAAAGGUUAUAAUGAUUUCGAUCAAGUGAUUCAACAAGUUUCACUUUGGAUUAUUGAUCAACAACCAAAUAGUAAGUUUUGGGCUGAAGAUGGUAAAUUGUUACAUAUGUUUGUUAAAGAGAUCUCUGUACAAUUGAAUCAACAAUUAGAGGAUAAAAAGAAACGUCAUAACUUUUUAUUGACUUGUAUUAAAGAUACUGAUUUGGAUAAACUCUUGACAACUCAAACAAAGGAAAUCUUAAAAAAGAAUGAAAUUAAAAUUAAAUGUGCUAUUGAAUUAAGAAAUUACCAAAAUCAACAAGAACAAUCUAGAAAAUCUUUAAAUUAUACCACCACCACCACCACCAUUAUGAAAGGAGCAUCAUCAUCAUCAUCAAUAUUCUCACAAUUAAUUGAAUCAUUAGUGGCUGAACGUAAUCCAAAUUGGACAAAUAUUGGUAUGAAUGUUUUUGAAUUAUUUUAUAGUAAUGUUUCUGGUAUUGAUCAAAUUUUAAUUAAUAUAACAAGUAAAUUACAAGAAUUAUUACAAAAUCAACCUCAACAACAACAACUAUUAACAUCAGCAAAUAAAGCUCAAAUUUUAUUAGAAAAUUGUGAAUUAUUUUAUUUAAUUUCUUCAAGUUUCCCAGUUGAAUAUUUAAAUUCACCAAUUAUUCAAAGUACAUCAAUUUCAAUUCAUAAUUUGUUUCCAAAAGUUAUUCAAUCUAUAUUAAAUUUCAUUCAAUUGGAAUUUCCAAAUCAAGUUGCAGGUUUACUUGGUGGUGGUGGUAUUGGUGGUUUAGGUAAUGGUCAUUCAUCUUCAAGUUCAACGAUAUUAUUUAAAAAGGAUUUAGGUAUUCCAAAUGUUGAUAAACAACUCUAUGAUCAUCUUUAUAAAUUAACAGAGAAAUAUUUAUAUUCUUUAAAGAUUAAUCAAUUUGAACAAUUCAAUCAAUUUAAAACUAAAUUAAUUGAACCGUUUGUUGAAUGUUUUAAAUUUCAAGAAGCAAUUACAUUGGCAAAUCAAUUUGAUGAUUUCUUUACUUUAAUUAAUGUUUAUUGUUAUCAACAACAUCAAUUACAAAAUUCAACCAUAACUAUCGCCACUACCAUUACGCCAGCUGAUAAUAAUAAACUUUUAAUUGAUUGUUUAAAUAAAUUUGAAAAGAUCGGUCAAUUAUCAAAAGUUUAUGAAUACAUGUUAGAAAGAGAUUUAAAGAGUGAAUUACUUCAAUUACCUUCAGAUUUUAAUGAUAGUUUAUUUAGAUUCUUACAAUCAAAUUCUGAAUUAUCUUGGAUACACUCAAUUAGAAUGAAAAAUUGGACAAAUGUUUCAAAUACAUUAUAUCAAAAAUCAAUUUCAAAUCAACAUCAUCAACAACAACAACAACAACAACAACAUCAAGUUAUGACAUUAAAAGAAAAACAAAAAUUAUUAAGUUUAUCAAAAGUUUCUUUAAUGGUAUCUACUGCAACUUCUUCAUCAUCAUCAUCUUCUUCAUUAGAAUUACAAUUACAACCAUCACAACAAAUUCAAUUAGAUGUUAUUAAUCAGAAUUUAUCAUUAAUUAAAUCACAAAAAUUCUUUUUACCAGAUUUAAAGAAUGUUUUAUCAGUGUCAGAGGUUGUUCAAUUAAUAUUACAAAGAGAAAUUGGUGAUGAAGAUCCAAUGGUUAAUUUUGUUAGUUGCAUUGAAAUCAUCUCUGAAUCACCAUUAUUAUUAAAGAAAGAAGAAGUUAAGGAAUUGUUGAAAUUGAUUUUAGAAUUAUCUAUUGUUAAUGAAACUGUUUUCUUUGAGAAAUCAAUCUCUGAUAUUCAAUUAAGUUAUAGUUUAAAGGAAACUAAAUUCUAUAAUUUAAUAUCUCAUCCACAUUUCCCAAAAGAAAUCGCAUUGGUACUAUUAUCACCAAUCAUUGAAGAUUUUUAUAAAACUCAUAUUAACUCUAAUAAAUUCUCAAGUUUAGAUGAUAAAAGACAAUUUGAAAUCUCGGUUGCUAGAUUAUUGGAAUUAUCGAAAUUGGAAAUUGGUCAAAAACAAAUUUAA